AUGGCUUCGAAUUACCGUGUUAUUGAGCCGCACCCUUCGGUGCCCCAUACUGGUCGCCCUGCAGUCUACACUGGCCGUGGAGGAUCUGGAAAUGUCGUCAGUCUGAAGAACACCAAGACUACCGAAUCUCGAACUGCGACCGGUCCUGCUUCGCUCACUCGUCUCGACUCUCGUGCUCCCGCAACUUUUACUUCCGGCCGUGGUGGCGCUGGCAAUGUCCACACCAGCUCUGAGCGCGCUAUUUUCAGCUUUGAUGAGGAACUCGCCCGUGACCUUCGCCGUGCUGCUCCUGUUUACCAUGUUGGCCGCGGUGGCGCUGGAAACAUGAUGUAUCGCGAGGAUUCCAGCAGCAACUACAGCCUCAGUCGCAAGUACUCCGCCGCCAGCACUGCUACUAAUAGCUCCACUGGUUCGGUUGCUGAUCGCGCUCGCGAGAUGGCUCGCCGCGGUCUUGAGAAGGGUUGGGGCAAGCUUAAGGGUACCGCAUAA